AUGGAACAUCACCACAUCGCACACCCAUUCAAAGAGGUUUACUUGCCAACUGAAAUAACUUGUUUGACUUCAAUGGACUAUCUCUCAAAUAUCUCUUCCAAAAGCGACACAACAAAGAACUUAUUAAAAAUGCCACAAAACCCAAAACUUUCUAAAAGUGAAAACCCUUCAAAAAAUGUCAAACAUAAAAAGCGUUAUUCACAAAAAUUCAAAGAAGACAGACAAUGCGAAAAAACAGGGAAAAAAAUAUCUCUUCGAAAAAGUUCUACGAUAGUUUGCACCUCUCUAAUUUCACACCAUAAUGAAGACUUUUCAGAAACUGAAAUCGAUGACAACGACAUCACAAAAACUUCAAGAGAUCUGCAGAUCUCAAAAAUUAACAAGUCAACAGUCAACACACACAAAAAUCAAAUUCAAAAAACAAUGACAAAAACAAACGAAAACAUCGAAAUAUCAAAAAAUGUAAAAAACGACACGUCACUACAAAACGAAGAAAAACGCGUCUUUUUCCUCUCAGACAAAAUGGGUAUGGUUUAUAGCAAAAUCAAAAGAAACGAGAUUAACACGGGAAUAGCAAAGUAUUUUGAAACCCAGAAGACAACUGGGUGGUCUUCAAUCGACCUUAAACUGUUCAAAGUUGUUGGCCAAAACGGGAUAAUUGGAGUCGAAGAACUCAUAACAGACGAUGAAAUAAAGUACUUCUUUUUUACUCACAAAAUUAUUGAUGAAAACGCGAUAAGGUGGUCUUUAUACGAAAGGGUUGAGUUUUUUAGAAGUGUGAUUGACUCGAUGUUAUGGUGA